AUGUCUCGCAUUCCCCAACCUUCAUCUUCACGGACUCCCAACAAACCGAUUGGCACGUCGGGGACGCUCACGCCUUCCAAGUCGCGUUCUAAUCUUCGUGCACCUUCACCGUUGAAACCAUCUGGCGUCGCUAAAUCUCCAGCUACACCGAAAAGGCUGCCUGCGACGCCGAUUAAGUCAAAACCAUCCAUCUCCUCCCUAAAGAAGUCGCCCUCUAAACCUAGUAUGGAUGCUUCCCGAGAAACCCCAGAAACCCUGCCGAAGCCUGCGCUGAGCAUUCGCGAGCAAAUCGCCUUGAAACGUGCGGAAGCAAAGAAGGCGAUGACCAGCAGCAAAGGCGGUUCAGGGGAUGACUUUUUCGCCGUUCCCGAUUCACCCGCGAAGGGACCGGCCGGGGAAGAGGAUGCUCUUGGUCGGUGGUCCGUGCGAGAAACCAUCGAACGAGCAAGGAGCUCUGGCUUACUGAAUAUUUCUUCGCGUUCCUUGCCCUGCAUUCCUUCCGCCCUCUACGAAAUACAUCUUGGUGUUACCCCGGAGCCCCUGAAGCUGGUUCCGAACGAGCCUUCUCUUCCAUCGCCUUCUGAAGAUAGCUCUAGGUCUAGACGAGGAGGAGAAACUUUGCCUUCUUGGUACGACUCGCAUGAUCUGGAGGUCAUCAAGGCGGGUAACAACGAGAUCCUCGAGAUCCAGCCCGAAAUCGUGAUGUUCGGCUCCCUGAAAAGCAUAGACCUGCACCUCAACAAGCUGGCGAAGCUGCCGAAUAGCUUUGCAGACCUCAUGGCGCUCACGACGCUCGACCUGUCACACAACCAGCUAGCAUCGCUACCGGCAAAUCUAUUCGCGCUCCCGAAUCUAGUCACUCUCAACGUCUCGCAUAACUCGCUCACGUCGCUUCCUUUUUCGGCACCGUUUUCUGCGAAAUCGGAUAUAGUUCCAGGGCAGUUGCGUUCUAGCAGGGACGGCGGGAGCCUCUUCGCACCGGUCGUUGAGCGGGCAAAGCAACCACUCCCGCGACUCCUGACACUUGAUGCAUCCCACAACCAGAUCACCACAGACUCGAUUGAUCACGAGAGCGGCGCUGUGCCGCGAUCACUUGCAAAGUUCGACCUUUCGGGCAACCCGCUAGGAGGAGGAAGCUGGCAAGGUGCCUCCCUCAUACGAGCCCUCGGCGCCCUACGGGACCUUCGGGAGCUACUUUUGGAGCGUGCAGAGAUCAGCGAUGAUGCAUUCCCUCCUGAUUUGUUCACAUCUGCCAAUGCCCAGCCUUCCUUCCCCAGCUUGCGCAGGUUGGAUCUUGGCGAAACCAAGGUUACCGAGGGAGCUGUACGGUCAGCUCUGGAUGGGAAAGUACCACUCAAGAUCACCUUCCAGCUUACCACGGGCGAGGUACCAGCAGGAAUGCUGCAAGUAAGCGUCGGAAAGAAAGUCGUCAAGGAGCCUUGGGAGAUCGAAGCGGAACUGCGAGCUAAGGCGAAGAAGGAACGUGGUGCAUCUCCACCACAGCCGUCCGAGAUUGGCGCAGACGAAUCUGCGGUGCCCAGAGCACAACCCCAGAAGGAGCAAUGGGAAAUCGAGGCGGAACAAGGAUUGAACACGGCCGGUGCCCAGCGAAGGAUGAGAGCAGCUGCCGUCGCUGCCAGCGGCAGUGCUCAGGCGUCCAGUAAUCUGACGAAACCUCCAGUCAAGAAGACGGAGGUGAUGAAGGAGCCUUGGGAGAUCGAGGCCGAGCAGGGUUUGUUGGCAGCAGGUACCCGUCGACGAGUACGAGCUCUGGCUGCAGAGAACAACAAACCAGCGAGUGCGGGAACCUCACCGGAAAGGUCCAGCCCUACUGGGCCGUCCUCACCGGACACUAUUAUCGCGAGCUCUCAAUACUAUCAGCCGAGAACACAAUCCCUAAAGCUCCCCCCGUGUCAGCCACCCACUCGCAAUGGACUCGGUCACGCCCGCAACUUCUCCCUUGCACCAUCCCGGGGACAGACCGUCAAUCCUACCGAACUCGCACUGCCGACCGCCACGCUCCCAUUGGCUCUCAUAUACAAACAGGAGUUCUCCAAGACGUUGCGAACCCUGGAGCUAGCCCACAGGCGCAUGGACCAGACGUUCGACCUCCCGCUGCUCAGCUCCGGCGAGCCGGCCUUGCUCGCGUUGGAGGAACUCAUCCUCGAAGGUUGCAGGCUCAGCGAUGCCGUAUCUGUUACCCAGGACGGUUGCGCGACCCGUGCGCCCGAACCGCUUCUCCCGCUCCUCGCGACCCUCUUCCCAAAUCUCCAAACCCUCGAUCUCUCAUGCAACGCAAUCACGUCAGCGGCCUUGACUCCGGAUGCACUCAAGACGCUCAUUCUAGCGACGGAUUCCCGCAAGGGUCUUCGACGCCUGCACUUACGUGAAAAUCGCCUGGAUAACCUGGAUGGCUUCGCGAGUCUCUCGGAGCUCUUCCGGGGCAACCGUUUGGUACCCGAGUGGAAGAUGGAGGAACUUGAUGUCAGGGACAACGCCGUUGACAAGCUGCCUCCUGAACUGGGCCUGCUCUCACUGGACGUCUUCCUGGUUUCUGGCAACACAUUCCGAGUUCCACCGAGUCGGGUUUGGGAGAGAGAAGGAACCAAGGGUCUUCUGAGCUGGCUACGCGGCAGGAUUGAGUAGCAAUGCCACGGCGUAGCGUAGGACCCCCCCCCUUCAGGGUCUUGUUAUCUACGGAUGGAUGCUC